AUGCCGACUACGACAUCGAAAAGGAGUCCACUCUUCAUCUUGUCCUACGACUCCGCGGUGCGGAUGGACUCCUCGCAUGGCGACGAUGGCCGGCUGACGGAGCUGAACGAAUCGAUCUCGCGCCUCUCGACGGGCUCAAACAGCCCGCCCAAUUCCUACCAGCAUCACCAGCAUCAUCGCCGGCAAUUGUCGCACGCGUCCCAGCCGGGUCACCAUUUGCAGAUGAGCCGGGGCUCGACGGGGCCGGCGGGCUACCACCGCGCCCAACGCUCCCACAAUCUGCGCCCGUUCUCAAACUCGACGACCAGCUCCGAGGGCCUUUCCUCUCAUCUCCCGGCCACCCACACAUUGAUUGGCCUUGUUGGUCCAACUGGACUCCCGCGUGACCUCAAUGACACCCGCCGGCCCCAUCAACCACCAAAGUUUCUCCUCUACCAACAUCAUCAACCCAAACACGGGGUUCGUGAGGAUCAAGAUCUACCAGCGCCAGACUGA